CAUUCGAUUUCGUUCAUUCGACUUGUCGCCGGCAACACGCGCGCACGCUGCUGCACUUGAUUAUUAUUUUUUAUUAUUACUUUAAUCGUCAUUAUCGUUAGUGUCGAUCAUUCCCAUCGCAUUCCGCGUAUUUUGUACCGUUGUACUUGCAGUCCACGCGACGAAGACCGCGGUCUACGGUUUUUCUUUUUUUUUCUUGACGUUUUAGAUUUUUAAUCUUUCCAUUUUGUCUUGCGUUCAGCUCGAUUGAAUUCCGUGGCAGUGCGCCGUUUGUACUUUUCGUCCACCCUUUACUUGGACUAAUAUAAUACAUAUAUAUCAUACGUUCGAACCACUGCAGUGUUGUGAUACACCUAAAGCUCUACUUCAACAUUUUUUUUCAAGAGUAAAUGGGUUUUACGACUGAACAAUGAGUGUAAGGGCAUCUAUUUGUUUGAUUUCAUUGAAUAUCCUUUUAGGAUUCGUUUUGUUUGUUAGAGGUGAACACUUCUAUUUACCCAAGGAAAACAAUGUUUUCUCUAACGAUUUGCAAGACGACUGGGUUCCGGUAUCUGGUAUUGAUAAAAGGUCAACUAGACUCAACAGUGGAUUUUCACAAGUUGUCCAUAUAACGCCACCCGUCCGGUACACCAACCGACCACCCAACCAACAACCAGCGGCUUCUAACAAAAUCGAAGUGUUCGCUCAACCACCACCCACUAUAUUAGGUUCCUUUAGCGAAUUCGGCCACGCUACUAUUGAAGCGCGGGAGCCAGCGCACACUUUAAAUUUCAGGCCUAGCUACAACUUUGACAGACAUUACGAAGAGUCUAACGACCGGCGUUUUCAACAGAAUGACUACAACGAACCAGAAGACCUACAAAAGCCUCCAGCAAUCGUAGUAUUCAACGCUCAACAACGUCACCCUCAAAACUAUCAAAAGCCACCACCAGUGCAAUCACCUCCGCAGUUCUAUCAAAACUUCCAAUACCAAAACAUCAACAACAACCCCAACAAUUACAACAACAACAACAACAAUCAUAAGAGCUUUGGGUUUAAGGAACCGCCAAUCGUACAAGAUCCGCCCAAGAGACUGACGCCGUAUUACGUGCCCAAUGAUCAUAUUUUCCCAAGACCGCAGGGUAACAACAAACAGGUGUAUGCGGAACAACGGCCGAAACCUUAUUUAGUGAGCCCCUCGGACUCGAUACAACAACAACAACACAAACUACAUCACCACCAUCACCAACACCAUCAACAACAACCAGUACAACAACAACAGCAACAGCAACAGGAAUACAUAUCGUCUACCGAAGGAGGAUCGUCUGCGCACUUCCAAAAGUAUCCGGGUCACGUGGAAAAUCAAAACUUGUACCCACAAAUCUCGAAUUUUGCGCGGCCGUUCGAACAGACCAACGGAGAUCAAAACGUUUUUAUAAAACCCAAUCAGUACGUGCAAAACCUUAACGUGGGUACGGAAGUGCGGUUUGGCCAGGAAAACAAUGGUCAACCGCUCCGACCGGUUACCGUGGACUUGUCAACCGCGUUCACGCAUCCGGCGACCAGGCCGUUCAGCAAGUACCAAACACCAACCCCCAAAAACGAAGAACUCUAUCGGAUAUUCCCGGUGAAGGAAGUCAACGCUCUUCCCGCCUUUUUGCCCACGCCGGUUACACUAGGCCAACAACAAUUCGCAAACAACCGUCCGAAGGCCCCAUACUUCAAGGAAGCGGCGGCGGUAGGCGGUUCGUCGGAGUACGACGCUCGCGAGGAACAGGACGAGAACGAGUCCAGCGAGCAGUACGACAUAAUGAAGAGCCCUACCAAACCGAUGUCGACCUCGACCACGACGACCACGACCACGGUCGCGCCCAAGACAACGCGCAAGCGAAAACCGACGACGACUACGACGACUACUUCGACGACCACUGCUAUGCCGGAGGACUACGACGAGUACGCCGUGCCCAAUCGCCAACAGUUACAGUUACAAGAACACCAACAGGACUACCGUCCACGACAACAGUACCAACAAUCGCACCAGGAUUACGAAACAGUGGUCGUGCCGACGACGACGGAGGCGUCGACGACCUACGCGCCCGUCAGGGAAGAACGACCGGUUCCGGUGUCGGUGAACAAGUUCAAGAAAAAGAAACCGUUGCCGUCGGCCAGGCCUAAAGAACCGUAUCCGGCGGCCGAUUACGAAUACGUGCCCGAGCGAGUGACUUUGGCACCGCCGACCACCACGACCACUACCGCGGCGACGACCACGACCGCGGCUACCACGACGACGACCACAAUGGCGUCGCAAUCGAGUUCCGCCGACGUCGCGGCGUCGUCGGACGUGCGCGCAAAGACCAAAGCCAAGUACGGUAACGGUACGCGACCGCGGUUCAGUAUCAAAGACUAUAAGACCAGUACGACGUCGCCGUCGACCACCACCAGCAGUACGGAGAAAGCGCCGUUCACGAUAGGACGGAGGACGACGACCGCGAGUCCCGCGCCCACGGAUCCGGAAACCGUCGAACAGCCCGCAAACACGACGACCCGGAAGACAUACAAACCGCGAGUACGGCCUAACCGGUACAAGGCUGGCACGUCGACCACGACUACCACCACUGAGGAACCGCAACAGCAACAGGACACAACCACCACGGAACGGACUACGUAUCGAAGCAAAUACAAGCCCGGCAAGUACUACAACAGGCUGAGGACGAGCACUGAUUCCUCGGCGGCGGCGGUGGUUGACGACGGCGGAGAACCUGUGGCCGCCACGGAACCGACUAGACCGGCAGUGUACUCGGCCAAACGGAGGACGGUGCCGACCAUCAGGACGGCCGCGGUGACGGUGGCGGCGGCCGAAGAGCACAACUCGCUCAGGAGGAGUUCGUCCGUGUCUCCGCUGGACGAUAACACCUCCGAAGCUAUGGACGCGGCGUCUUCCGAAGACGUAGACUACGUCGCGACCACGGUCGCGGUAACCCCGGCGGCCCCGAGGCACAAGUACCACACUUCGUACGCGGCCGACAGACCGCUGUUGCCCAUCGAAUCGUUCUUCCAGUCGUCGAUGGCCGCGAAUAAACGACAUCACAACGAGAGGAGAUGAUCGCCGCGGUGCUAUUUAUAUGCAUAUAUACGUAAAGCAGCUCAACACGUAAUUUUAUAAUAUUAAUAUAAUGAUAAAUUAUUAGAACAGUGAUGUCCUACAACUGUAAAGGCGCUUACGACAGACAGCUGAGUAAUAUCCGACCGCAGAAUGGCCGUUACGAAUUACACGUCGGCCCUCGGCCCUAUACACGAUAUAAUAAACGACCGAUCGAAGUAUAGUUAAUUUAUAGAAUAUAAAUGAUUUUAUAUCGAUGUCAAUAUUAUAGAUUUUCAUAACUAUUCGCACUUUUGUUUCGUGUUAAUGGUUUUCAGACAUUAUCGCUUGUAUAUGUUCACCGAAACCUGCGUGUAUUGGAUGCCAUCGGAUAUUUCUAAGCUUUUGUGUAAUUCAAUUCAAUAAUUUUUAAAUAUCAUUAUUGCGUUUCACCGUCGUCGUCAAUCUAUACGUUUGUACUAAGUACGACUUAAUAGUAGCUUCGGUACACAUUCUAUAAUCGGUAUAAGUAGUCUCCCUCGUAGACCGGCCUCCUCUAAAUAUAAAUUAUAAUAUUAUAUGAUCAAUAUUUCGUUGUGACAUUAUUAUUAUAGUAAGUACUAAGUAGUUUUUUUUUCAGAACUGUACAUAAAAAAUAAUAUUUAUAGUUUUAACAUAUAACUUUGUAUUUUUUUUUUUAUACAUAAUCAUAAUAUGUAUAUCUAUUUACACUUAUUUAUUUGAAUAAUAAAAACAUAUUGUUAUAAUCCUUAAUUGUAUGUUCAGUUUAGUCAUAAUACGUACCCACAUCGUAUUGUACGAUAAAUUUUGAAAAUAAUAAUAUCGAAAUUAAACGUGCAAUAUGCUAUAUUAUAUAAAUACAUAUACGUAUACAUUAUAAUAAGUAAAAUUAUGUAUCAUUAAAAUAAUUAUGAUGUCUUAAAAUUAUUUUUAUACUUAAAUUAUUGAUUAUUCGUGCGUAAAUAUUAUGUAUGUCUAUUAUAGGUAUAUAAUUUGUAUAUUAUAUUUUUACUUUUUAAACAGCAUUUAUAUUCAAACUGAAAUACAAUAAUAUUGUACAGGAAAUGAGUAAUUUUAAUGAAAACUACAAUUAAAACAUGUUCCGUAAAAAUAGAUAUUAUAUAGAUUAUAGUCCAAAUAUUUAUUUAUCUUUUAAUAUACUAAAAUUAUUUUAAUUCA